UCUAUCCCAUAACUACUCCGAUCCUGAGAUCAGAGCAAAUGCAGGGUACUUCCUCCGAGGUUCCCGCAUCCUAAACUCUCACCAUCUGAAAGUGGAUAAUUAUAAUGCAUAUACUGCCAGAUCCGGGAUCUAGACGCUUCCAUCACGUCGGCGGAGAAAAGGCUGCGAGAGUUGAGGCUGCGGGUCCCUUCAGGCCGGCAGUUGGAGGCGCGGCGUCUGGCAGCCCUCAAGACCAACAAGGCGCUACAGAACCGUAUCCAGCAGACGACGGUGCGGUUGAAUGCAGUGUUGGCCGACAACUGCGUGUUGAGGUCCACCCUGGAGAACCUGCUGAAGCAGCGAGACAAGUUCAUGUUACAAGCUCAACGGCUGGAGAAGCAGCUAGCAGUCACGAUCAAAAGGAAAGGUGACAUUAUGGAUCAAGUGACAAAAGCUUAUUCAGAACGAGACGAAGCGCAGACCAAGAUGAGAGCCGUUAAGGAGAGAGCCGAGAGAGACGCCCAGCAGUACACUUACGAACUGAAGAAACUGCAGCGAGCGCUUGACCACCAGUCCCACCUAAAGGCCUUUGUGGCUACGAUAUCCGCCGGCGAGGAGGACGACACUUCACAAAGACGGAUCGACGGAGGUGCGGGAGAGCAGCGGGGCCCAGAGCAAACCCUCGCCACCUACCGGGCGUCAGUGUCCCACCUGACUGAAAUGAGCGGCGAGGAGUCCGUGGAGGUCCUGGUCACUAACUACCUCCAGGCAGAAAACGACAACUAUACUCUAUUUACUUACAUAUCCGACCUCAAUAACGAGGUCACCAGUCUGACGACGGAGGUGCGGCGCGUCAGUCAACUCAUUGACGAUACGAGAGGCCGCAGUGAGGAGGAAGGGAGAGAUUCACAACGCACUGUUUCAUACCUGGAGGCUGAGCUGUUGAGUGGUGACAGAGACGUGAAAUCCUUAGAAGGGGAGCUGAGGCGAGCAGAAGAUACGCUGACGGAAAUGAAGACAUCCACGCAAGAACUUUUUGACCAAUUACAAUGUGAUGCGCAGCCCAUCGUGGCCAUUGUGGGCGGCGGCGAGAUAACCAACAGCAGCGUGUCGGUGUACCUGUCAGUUGUGGAGCAGCGCGUGCAUGAGGUGCUGCAGCUGCGUCAGGUGUUGCUUGCCGAGGAGCUGCCAGCCGCCGCCGCCGCCCUCGGGGAGGACACGCAGCGGGAAGACGCCUCGGAGCCCACUGAGGUGUCCGAGACCAAAGUUGUGGUGCCUCUCGGGAAACCUCAACUUCCCCACACCGCCCACACGAACGAUGAAGAGUCGCCCAACGGAGGCCCGCUCACUCACGGGGACAUCCUUUUCAACAUGAGAAGAUUCAUACCCGACUCUUCUGACCACUGAAAGGUUUUAUAAAACCCAUGCGACAUGAGCGAUUUCUUCUGACAUCUCGCUACCACGUCUUGUUCCGCGAGACUGCAGGGUGGAAGGAGACAUGCAAUUAGCAAGCUUAGAAGAGCAGUAACCAUGAAAAUAAUAUUAAAAGACGGUGAAGGAUGCAAGACUAUGGCAGUGACUGAGAGACUGAAGACAAUCUUUUAGAGGAGAGGAGCCGAGACGAAAAGUUUUUUUACUCCACCGUGUUUAGAGGAAGAUCACAAUGUGUGAGCUUCUGGGUCACAGCGGUACAGUGGGACCGCCCCGGCUUUGAGGGCCGAGAGGUCUUCAACCGUACGGAUUCGAAUCCUAGUCACGGUCCGAGGAUAGGAAGGGCAUCCAUGCGGGGCAACGGUUCCAAAUGCCUAAACAAAAUUCCUUGGCUAGGAGGUAGUGUUCUAUGCCUCGUUAGGAGACACUGUCCUGGCCCUGAUAGACUUGGGAAACCGGACGUAAAAAAAAUUUUAAAAAAAUCGUUCUGUGGUUUCUCCACGAGAUCUAUUCAAUUCCUGCUAAGCUUAUGUCUGCAAGUGAUAAGUAAUAAAUUUUCCUCUUUUAUGUUUUAUUACAUACUCUCUAAUAUUAGAUAAGACUUGGUGAGUUAUAGCUCUAUUAGUUCCAGUAUUGCUCGAACAUUCUCAAUAUCAGGCUUCAAGACGUGGAACCAAUACAGUUCUUGAAACUGAGUUUCAAGAUGUUCGAGCACAAAGGUUUAUCUUUUCGAACUAACAGAUUUUUAAUUCAUUCAAGAUUUUUUUUUUUUUUUUGGGGCAUUAGGAAACAUCAUAUAGAACUCAAUCAUUCCAUAAAACAACAUUGUAGCUUAAUAUUCAUGACAAGCAAUGAAGCAGAUCUCAGAAUAGCCGUUAAACUAUCUAACCAUCAUUAAUGACAUAAAAUAAUGACAACGCCGUAAACCUUAAUGGCGUUUGAAUAAUAAGACCGACACCCACGCUUUCAUGUAUUUAUAAUCAACCUGACGGAAGCGAUGGUACUUGAGCUCCGUGAGAAGGAAAUGAACUCCAAGUAUUCACCCUUGAGAGUGGCGGAUGGCAAGGGGUCAUUUCCAGUAGAGUGGAGCGCCGAGGUUUUGAGAAAUGUCGCCAGCCAAAGAGAACAAGCGCGAUCAGAGAAACACGCAAGAAGCAGACGAUAAUCAGUGAUACGGCGAGCUGAGGGGAAGCAGCGACCGUUACUGAGUCUGUUGAAAACAUCCCGUCUAUGUCACUUAACUUUUCCUAAAUAUCAGUAUAAUGUAACAAAACGAAAUAGAA